AUGUCGGUUCUGGCUUGGAACUUCCAAGCGGAGGCAACCUACCAUCCCCGCCAGACAGUCCACCACGAACACUCUGCUAACAUGGAAAACCUCCUGCCCGAAAACCUCCUGCUCGAAGUCGUGCCCAAAGUCUUGCCUGAGGUCUUGCUUGAGGUCUCCCAUCCUGUCAACCUCAGCCGCACUUUCUAUGGGAUCAUGUUCGAUGCUGGGAGCACAGGCACCCGGAUCCACAUCUACACAUUUAUCCAGAAAGACCCAGUUGAGCUGCCAGUUCUGGACAAUGAGAUGUAUCAUGCGGUGAAGCCUGGUCUGUCUGCCUAUAAAGAUAAGCCUGAAGAGGGUGGGAACACGAUCAGAGCACUGCUGAAGGUGGCCAAGAAGACGGUGCCAGAGGAUGAGUGGAAGCAGACCCCGGUGGUCCUGAAAGCCACAGCCGGGCUCCGCCUCCUGCCCGAGGAGAAGGCUAAUGCUCUGCUGGAUGAGGUUCGGGAAGUCUUUGACGAGUCCCCCUUCUUUGUACCGAACAACAGUGUCUCCAUAAUGAAUGGAACAAAUGAAGGAGUCCUGGCCUGGGUAACAGUGAACUUUUUGACAGGUCACUUGUAUGCCAAAACCAGGAAGACAGUGGGGAUCCUGGACUUGGGUGGAGGAUCUACCCAGAUCACUUUCCUUCCAAAAUCAAAGAAAACAGUUUUCACUGCCCCAGCCAGUUACAUUGCCAACAUCAACAUGUUCAACCACACUCUACAACUCUAUACUCACAGCUACCUUGGAAAUGGACUUGUAGCGGCUCGAUUGGCAACUCUUGGGGCUUUGGGGGCUGAUGGUCUGGAUUGGAAAGUUUUCACAAGUUCCUGUCUACCCAAGAAAUUCAGAGAGGACUGGACUUUUGGUGGAAUCACCUACAAAGUUAGUGGAAUUCCUGACGGCUAUGCAGGUUACAAGCUGUGUUACUAUGAGGUGAUGAGGGUGGUGAAAGGCAUCGUGCACCAGCCGUUUGAGGUGAAGGGCAGCAGCAUCUUCUAUGCCUUCUCCUACUACUUCGACAGAGCUGUGGAGUCAGGCCUCAUCGAUGGCAGUCGCGGUGGCAUGGUAGAAGUCAGGGAUUUCAAGAAGAGAGCCAAAGAAGUGUGCAACAAGAUGACCAAGUACCGUCCCAUCAGUCCCUUCCUCUGCAUGGAUAUGACAUAUAUCACCUGCCUGUUGAAGGAGGGCUUUGGCUUCAAGGACAACACAAUGCUGCAGCUCGCCAAGAAGGUGAACAACGUUGAGACAAGUUGGGCCUUGGGAGCCACAUUUGAUCACUUUAACAACCUCAACAUCCACUAA